ACAAGUCAACGGUUAGGCAAGAUUCCUCUUGUCAUUGGCAUGCCAGUUAUCAUCUCACACAAUUUUGAUGUCGAUGGUGGUAUUGUGAAUGGUUGUCAGGGCAUUCUUAAAAGCAUUCGGUACACUCUUGACUUGCAAGGUAAUCGACAUGCCAUAUCAUGUGUCGUCCAUUCUACUUCGACUACCGACAACGUAUUGCCUCAUUUACCACCGAAUUAUGUCGUGGCUUUGCAAGACACUGUAGAAAUG